AUGGAGGCGUACAGCCGGCACCACGAGCUGGUCCUGCGGCCAGAUGACGUGUGGCAGGCAAUUCUAACUCAGUUCAGCUUUUACGUCAAUGCCAAUGCAGAAGCCUUGCGCGACAGGUUGGUAAACUUUGAGGGGAAGAUGACCCUUGUCGUCGAAAUGGCUGGCACGCUCUUCACGGCUGACUACGCUGAGUUCGCAGAGCGCAUGGUUGAUGAGAACAUAGUACAGAACAUCAAGGAUCCAGAAAUGGUGGCCUGGCUGAUGCCAGGAUUCAGCACGACCACGGUAAAUGACCGUGUCGUUGCGGCUGUGUCUGUCAUGUCGACGCUGCAGAACUACUUCGAGUAUGUCUGUCGUUUGUGCUGCGGCAUUCCGAAGGUGACCCUUCUGGGCACUGUGGAAGACUGGAUGCAGCUACAAAAGAAGGCAGACCGCCUGCGUGACUUCGACUUGACAGAUCGGAGAAUGAGCCAAUGGCUUGCGAUGCUCUCGCCUGUGCUGGACCAGUUCGUAGCCUCAGCAUCCGGAAAGGCUGAUUUAGACUUCUGGGACAAGGUUUGCUGCCACCUGGGUGGCGGAAGCGGGCCUAGUUACCUGAGUGGUUGGGUGACGGUCUUUGCGGUGUUCAACAAGGAUGGCGAGUGGAAAGGGGAUGUCGCAGAAGCGUCGAAUCCAACAGGAGCUUGGCCUCAAAUUGAUACCGGGCGCAUUCCUGCUGGAACGCUGAGUGUGCCAGUGCUGGUGGAUGACAAUGGCACGCAGUACGACACACAGAUGGUCGCAGGUAACGGAGUGUUGCUUUGUUGCAGUUUGCAGGCCAAUUGGCUUCGGACAUUUGCUGCGACGGACACGGUCUAUGCCCACGCGUACAACCGGCACCACGAGCUGGUCCUGCGGCCAGAUGACGUGUGGCAGGCAAUUCUGACUCAGUUCAGCUUUUACGUCAAUGCCAAUGCAGAAGCCUUGCGCGACAGGUUGGUAAACUUUGAGGGGAAGAUGACCCUUGUCGUGAAAAUGGCUGGCACGCUCUUCACGGCUGACUACGCUGAGUUCGCAGAGCGCAUGGUUGAUGAGAACAUAGUACAGAACAUCAAGGAUCCAGAAAUGGUGGCCUGGCUGAUGCCAGGAUUCAGCACGACCACGGUAAAUGACCGUGUCGUUGCGGCUGUGUCUGUCAUGUCGACGCUGCAGAACUACUUCGAGUAUGUCUGUUGUUUGAUGUGCGGCAUUCCGAAGGUGACCCUUCUGGGCACUGUGGAAGACUGGAUGCAGCUACAACAGAAGGCAGACCGCCUGCGUGACUUCGACUUGACAGAUCGGAGAAUGAGUCAAUGGCUUACGAUGCUGGCGCCUGUGCUGGACCAGUUCGUAGCCUCAGCAUCCGGAAAGGCUGAUUUAGACUUCUGGGACAAGGUUUGCUGCCACCUGGGUGGCGGAAGUGGGCCUAGUUACCUGAGUGGUUGGGUGACGGUCUUUGCGGUGUUCAAUAAGGAUGGCAAGUGGCAAGGGGAUGUCGCAGAAGAGCCGAAUCCAACAGGAGCUUGGCCUUGUAUUGAGACCGGGCACAUUCCUGCUGGAACGCUGAGUGUGCCAGUGCUGGUGGAUGACCAUGGCACGCAGUACGACACCCAGAUGGUCGCAGGCCACCAAGCUAUGGAUAACCUUGGCAAGACAGACGGCUGCGUAGAAGUGCAUGCUCCUGUUCUUUACCGGCACGCGCGGACAUCUAAGGCACAGACUGCGCUACACAUUGCACAGGAGAUGGUGCCUGGCGUGGAUGUGAAGGUAACUUCUCAAGGCGGUCUCCAGCUCGUGGAGAUCAAGGGCAUUGGCCGCAAAGCCGGCGAUGCGCCCUUGUCACCGCCGGGCGGCUCAUCUGGUUCUUCGACGCUCCGUGCUGCUCUUCCGCCCGGCACGCUGAGCAACGCGCCGGAGCAGCUGCGAAGCGACCUUCGUGGGGACCUGGGCCACUUCUCUGCCAUGCAAGGCGUUCGCGCCGAGGCAGAGGUCGGUGGCGACUGCAUCAGCAUCCAGGGCUGUGAAGGCCCUGACCACGCCUUGCGACUCCGCAAGGAGCUGGAGGCCAUUUGUGGCUACUAUGGCUUUCCAGCUCCUCAGUGGGGUUGA